AUGUAUUAUACAUUCGAGCAAGCCUUAGCCGCCGAGAAUUCAAUCCAGCUCACCCACAACCUUCUCGGCUCCGAUCUCAACAUCAGCUUCGGCCGCGCCACUUACCGCUCCCCUUUACCCCUCUACGACCCCAAUUCUAGAAACCUCACCGACUUCAGAACCCACUUCACUUUUAGCAUCUCCUCCCAAAUUGAGGACUCUGGCAGCUACGGCGACGGCCUCGCCUUCUUCCUCGCCCCGGUUGGAUCCAAACUUCCCCCUGACCUAACCAAUGCCAGCUCCAUGGGGUUAAUGAGAGAUGGACAACUGCUGAACACGACGCAGAACCGAUUCGGCGCCGUGAGUUCGACAUUUUCAGCAACGAAUUCGAUCAGGCGACGGGGAGCCACAUCGGAAUCGACAUCAAUUCGAUGUGAUACGUGA